AUGGCAUACGAACAGCGUGAGUAUGGAGGCGGCAGGGAAGGAAGAGGAAGAAGAGAAAGAGAUGAUGGCGGCUCGGGAGAAGGAGGUGGUUAUGAAGGGAAUUUUGCGAGAGGAAGGGGUCGUCGUCCUGUCACUGAUUAUGCCUCGACUAUGGUUCACUGGAUGCGUAAUCGUCAGCCAAGGUACAAAGGUGGUUACCAAGGUGAAAUGGAGAGACCAAGUCCAAGCUACAUGAUAGAUAUGCUACCACCAUUAGCAAGACUUCAUAAUGCAGCAGAUUCAGUGCCAGCUCGGCACCUACAUUCAUCACUUAACAAGAUUAAACACCCCGUUAAUGUGGUAAGAUGGACACCAGAAGGUCGUCGAUUACUCACAGCCUCCAGUAGUGGAGAAUUUACUCUAUGGAAUGGAGCUGGUUUUAAUUUUGAGACAAUUAUGCAAGCACAUGAUGUUGCUAUUCGAGCUUUGUCUUAUUCUCAUAGUGAUGACUGGUUAUUAUCAGCUGAUCAUGAUGGAGUGAUCAAAUACUGGCAACCGAAUUUUAACAAUGUCAAGGUCAUUCAAGGACAUGAGGAUCCUAUAAGAGAUCUCGCGUUUAGUCCAAACGACUCAAAGUUCGUCACGGCUUCCGAUGACUCUACGCUAAAGAUUUUCGAUUUUGCUGGCGGUGUUGAGGAAUCCGCUCUCUCUGGUCAUGGAUGGGAUGCGAAAAGUGUUGAUUGGCAUCCGACCAAGGGAUUACUUGUUUCUGGAUCGAAAGAUCAUCUUGUCAAAUUAUGGGACCCACGUACUGGUCGAUGUCUGACAACUCUCCAUGGACACAAAAACACCAUAACGAAAGUCCUAUUCGAACCAGUUCGUGGUCAAUGUUUAGCCACUUCAGCUCGAGAUCAAACCGCACGAGUGUUCGAUUUGCGAAUGAUGCGCGAUAUAUGCUUGCUCAAAGGGCAUGAGAAGGACAUUUCUACUUUGGCAUGGCAUCCUAUUCAUCCUUCCCUUCUGAGUACUGGUGGCGCCGAUGGAUCUCUCUUCCACUACCUGUUAGACGAGCCAAAUAAUCCUGCUGGAACGGAACCGUCUAUAGCACCUUAUGAUAGUCCGGACCCUACUACUACUCCGGCUCAAACUCUCUAUCCAGCUCAUAAACUAACCUACGCUCAUGAAUUUGCCAUCUGGUCACUUGAUUGGCACCCUCUUGGUCAUAUUUUAGCAUCAGGUUCCAACGAUCGAAUUACUCGAUUCUGGACACGUGCACGUCCUGGUGAUACUGACACAUUCCAAGACCGAUAUCACAUUGGUGACUCAGCUGCCGAGGCGCAAGGAACUUAUGAUCGUCGCGGCGGACGACGUCAACGUCAAGAGGAAGAAGAUCAAGAAGCUGAAGACGAAAUGGAAGGCUUAGUCGAUCAAAAAAUGCCCGCAAAGUUACCUGGCUUCGCCACAGGAAUACCCGGUCUACCAUUACCAGGUAUGGGCGUCAUCCCUGGGAUGAAUCGUGUUCCCCCACCACCUCCCAUGCUCAGUGGGGGCAAUCUCCCACCUCCACCUUUACCGGGAAAUAUAGAUCCAAAUACUCUAGCAAUGAUGAUCAAAGCCGGUUUGCCUCCUCCAGGAGCAACAGGCAUGCCACCUCCGCCACCAAUACCUCCACCAAAUUUUCAACUCCCACAUGGUUUCGUUCCUCCACCUCCUCCUGGUAUGCCAAUACCUGGGCUGGAAAAUACCGAUUCAUUGAAUAACGGAGGUGGUGGUGGUAUCAGGAAACGAGGACCGUUACCUAGUCAGGAAGAAAGUUUACAGGCGAUGCAGAGACAGGGGAAAUUUAGGACACCACGGCAGUAA